UUCCUCUCCUUUAUUUCCUUCUCUCCAAAGCAACAAAACAAAAGAGUAACCUAUACACACCCCUAUACAUCCGAAAACGAACCAGAUCUAGAAGCUUCAAUCAAUGGCGUUAGAAUGGGUAGUACUCGGCUACGCCGCCGGAGCAGAGGCCGUUAUGGUGCUCCUCCUAACCAUUCCCGGUCUCCACGGCCUCCGUAAAGGUCUCGUCGCCGUCACGCGCAAUCUCCUCAAGCCGUUCCUCUCCGUCGUGCCGUUCUGUCUGUUCUUGCUCAUGGAUAUCUACUGGAAAUACGAGACUCGGCCGAGUUGUGAAUCGUCCGAGUCGUGCUCGCCGACCGAGUACUUGCGCCACCAGAAGUCGAUUAUGAAGAGCCAGCGUAACGCGCUGUUGAUCGCGUCGGCGUUGUUGUUUUACUGGCUGUUGUUCUCGGUGACGCGGUUGGUUGUGAAGGUCGAGGAGUUAAAUGCGCGUGUUGAGAAGUUGAAGAAUCAGGAGUGAUUCCGUUGGUUGAUUUAACGGUGUUUACGAUAUUAAUCGAUGAUGAGUUUCGGUUUUUAAGUCUCGGAUUUUCGAACAUUUUGAGGAUUUGAAAUGACCUAACUGUAUUUUUUGUUUGAUUAUAUGUUAUUUUAUGGAUGUUUAAAUUA